UCCUGGCACUGCGUCUUUCUUCGAUACCUAGUAUACGGAUACCGGUAGGGCAGUUGGGAUAUAAGUACGAGGGCUGCCUUCAUGUCGCCCUCCCCGAGAUUAAACUAGAGAGAGAUAAACAACGUCGAAAGUCAAUCUCCUACCACUCACUCUGAGCUGCUUUACCCACUUUACGGAAUAGCCGCCUCCCUCAUCCGCCUCGGCGCCGAGCGUCCCUUCCUCAUCAACAUGUCGUCCAAAAAGUCGGCCUUCGAGUUUGGGCCCAAGCAUAGGCUUGUGGCAACCAUCGUCAUCUCGUUUGCGUUUUUUGUUUCCGAGCUUGCAGUUGCCUUUAAGACACGAAGCUUGGCUCUCAUGGCCGAUGCUUUCCAUUAUAUGAAUGACCUGAUUGGCUUCAUCGUGGCUCUGACAGCCAUAAUCAUCUCGGAGCGGAGCGAGUCGCCACAGGAUCUCUCGUUUGGAUGGCAACGAGCUCGCCUGCUUGGUGCCUUUUUCAAUGGCGUCUUCCUGCUCGCCUUGGGCAUUAGCAUUUUCCUCCAGUCCAUUGAGCGCUUCAUUUCGCUGCAGAUGGUUGAAGAUCCGAAACUGGUUCUCAUUAUGGGAUCCGUGGGUCUCGGGCUUAACCUCAUCAGCGCUGCCUUCUUGCACGUAGAGCACCACGGUCAUGAUCACCAUGGUCACGGCCACGACCACGGCCACGCCCAUGGCCACGCCCAUGGCCACGACCAGAGCCAGAGCGACGUUGUCGAGGAUGUGGACAGGCCAGCUCCCACCACCAUUGUCAUGGGGGUCAUGGGGCAUCAUCCCGAGCACAACGGAAGCGAUGACAGCUCUCGGGCGUCCCUACAUUCUCAUGCCGAGCACCGCCAUGCCGAAUACGGCGGCACCAAAUCUAUCGGACGGGAUCUGGGCAUGAUGGGGGCCACGAUCCACGUCAUGGGCGAUGCCCUCAACAACUUGGGCGUCAUCAUCGCAGCUGCCAUCAUCUGGUUCACGCAUUCUCCCUCUCGCUUCUACGCGGACCCCGGCGUCAGCAUGGGCAUCGCACUCAUGAUUCUGGUCUCGGCGCUGCCUCUGGUCAAGAACAGCGGUGCCAUUCUCUUGCAGAGCGCCCCGCGUGGCGUCGAUCUUGGUGAUGUCAAGCAUGACCUUGAAAAGAUCCCUGGGAUCGAGUCGGUCCACGAGCUGCACGUCUGGAGGCUCGACCAAAAGAAGGCAAUUGCGUCGGCGCACGUCGUCGUCUCGGAUCAGAACAUCUCCAACUUCAUGGAGAAGGCCAAGACAGUUAGUGAAUGUCUGCACGCCUACGGAAUCCAUUCGGCCACCCUGCAGCCCGAGUUUCUCCCCACGACGACUUCGUUGCCCCCGCCGGCGGCGGCACUGUCGGCGACGACGACUCCUUCCCCCGCGGCAGGCGGCGUCGGAUCAGCGGAGCGAAACGCCGUUAACGUUCCGAUAACGUCGACGUCGACGUCGUCGAUGUCUCCUGUAAGACGAAGAAGGGCUGCGGGCGGAUCUGCCGCUUGCCAGAUGGUAUGCGGGAAGGGCAUCUGCGAGAAUCUUUUUUGCUGCACGGCGGUGCAAAUCUAAAAGCUAGCCAGCCCCUAUUUUCAUUUGCAUCUUUUUUGUCUUGUUUUUUUCUUCUCAUCUUCUGAUUGGUCCCUUGGAGGGCUUUCACCAGCCUGAUGCCAUUGACUGGGGGGGUUAAGAACGCUGGGUUAAAAAGUUAGGUGCUGAUCACCAUCACCAUCACAUCACACGCUCAUGUCCAGGACUCUUCAACGCUUUGAGGAUGUUAAUGGCUGGAUCGGUAAGCGGGAAAAAGGGGGAGGUGAGAUUGAAUUGGCAAACCAGCGUGUCACAUUCUCGCUUUCUAGAAUGAUGGAAAAUAGCGAAACAA